GCCCCUUUAAGCUCAGCCCGGGGAGCGGGCUGGGGGUGGGGGCGCCUCCGGGUGGGCGGCCGGGAGGCGGUGCGGCUUUGACUGCCCCGGGGGCCCCGGUCCCACUUCCUGGCCGAACGCCUCCAAUAGUGAGCCGGAGGAUGCCCGUGUUAAUUACAUAAGCAGAACGUAAAUAAUUCGCGGGAAAAAAAAGUGAAAAAGAUGGCGACCCGCAUCCCUCUGUCCCCGGCUUGAGCUGGACUCCAGCUUCUUCAACUGGGGCAUGGCCUGGAUUCCCUGCCCCUUGAGAGACUGAUAGACAGACGGACAGAGGGACGGACAGACAGACUGGGAGGGCGGACAGUUUGAGAGGUGCUACACCACCCACCUCCCUCCUCUAAUCCUAACAACUCCCCACCCCCGGAGCUUCUCUCCAUCAGUCCUUAGACCUCUCCUCCAAUGCGCCUGGUGGCCAGACUCCAAGUAGGACCGCCGGACGGAGAAGCAGCCUCAGGGGGUGGAGAAAACUGAUGGAGAACCUCUCUCUGGAGUCAGAGAUCCAAGAUGACUGUGGGCCGCCCAGGGCAGCAGGUGCUCCCACAAAGUCCAGAAACAACUUCAAAGACUUGAUGGUCAAGCUGACGGAGGGCCAAUAUGUGCUGUGCAGAUGGACAGAUGGACUAUAUUAUCUUGGAAAGAUUAAAAGGGUCAGCAGUUCCAAGCAAAGCUGCCUCGUGACCUUUGAAGAUAACUCCAAGUACUGGGUCUUGUGGAAGGAUAUCCAACAUGCUGGUGUUCCAGGCGAAGAGCCCAAGUGCAACAUCUGUCUCGGAAAAACAUCUGGGCCCCUGAAUGAGAUUCUCAUCUGUGGAAAGUGUGGUCUUGGUUACCAUCAACAAUGCCAUAUCCCCACUGCAAGCAGCACUGAAGGGCCCCUGCUAACACCAUGGUUCUGCCGACGCUGUAUCUUCGCUCUGGCUGUGCGGAAAGGUGGCGCGCUGAAGAAAGGAGCCAUUGCCAAGACCUUGCAAGCAGUGAAAAUGGUACUCUCUUACAAGCCGGAGGAGCUAGACUGGGACUCCCCACAUCGGACCAACCAGCAGCAGUGUUAUUGCUACUGUGGAGGUCCUGGAGAGUGGUACCUAAGAAUGCUUCAGUGUUACAGAUGCAGGCAAUGGUUUCAUGAGGCCUGUACCCAGUGCUUGAAUGAGCCCAUGAUGUUUGGAGACAGGUUCUAUGUGUUCUUCUGCUCAGUGUGCAACCAGGGUCCAGAGUAUAUCAAGAGGCUACCUCUAAGAUGGGUGGAUGUGGUUCACCUUGCCCUCUACAACCUGGGGGUUCAGAGCAAGAAGAAAUACUUUGAUUUUGAAGAAAUCCUAGCCUUUGUCAAUCACCACUGGGAUCUUCUUCAGCUUGGCAAGCUGACCAGCACCCCAGUGACAGAGCGAGGACCCCAUCUCCUUAAUGCACUGAACAGCUACAAAAGCAGGUUUCUCUGUGGCAAAGAGAUCAAGAAGAAGAAAUGUAUCUUCCGACUGAGGAUCCGGGUCCCUCCUAACCCCCCUGGUAAACUGCUGCCAGAUAAGGUGGUGUCCCUGAAGGAGAAUGGCGGCACCUCCUCUGAUCUACAGAAGAGAGGGAAGAGCAAAUACCAAACCAAGCAUAGUUCGGUGCCUCAUGAACAGCAGAAAAGGCGAGUUGUUAGAAGAAAAAGAUCAAAAUUUUUGUUGGAAGAUGCUAUUCCCAGUAGUGACUUCACUUCAGCCUGGAGCACCAAUCACCACUUGGCCAGCAUUUUUGACUUUACACUAGAUGAGAUUCAGAGUUUAAAAAGUGCCAGCUCAGGCCAAACAUUUUUCUCAGAUGUGGACUCCACUGAUGCUGCCAGCACAUCUGGCUCUGCCUCCACCAGCCUGUCUUAUGAGUCCAGGCGGACUGUGGGCAGCCGGAAGAGGAAGCUGGCAGCCAAAGCAUACACAUCCCUAGGGGCGAAGCGACGGGCAACAGAGCCUGGUGGGCGCUGCACCUCAGACAGCAGUGCCGAAGGGGGCUCGGGCCCUGAGCGACCCGAUGAUGGCAUUGAUAGCCACACUUUUGAGAGCAUCAGUGAGGAUGAUUCAUCCCUUUCUCACCUCAAGUCCUCUAUCACCAACUAUUUUGGUGCAGCUGGGCGGCUGGCAUGUGGUGAAAAGUACCAGGUCCUUGCUCGAAGGGUGACCCCUGAAGGGAAGGUCCAGUAUCUGGUGGAAUGGGAGGGGACUACCCCAUACUGACCCAAUGGUGGUGAUGGUGGGGUGGGAGAAGAGCAGGAAGGCAGUCUUUAAAGUGUCUUGUUAACCAAAGGAGAGAAGAGGGAAGUCUAUCCCAGGAGCCUACUGAGCUCUUGGUCUUCUCUCUAUCCCCAGGGGCUUCAAGGAAAUGGGAUAAAGGGUUGCUCAGCUCUACAAGUUCAUGCCUUUUUGAAAGGCUAAGAUGAAAGCUCUGGGGUGGAAACUCCCAUGGAGUGUUUGACAGCUCCUAGCUAGGACUGACUUCUCUCUUCUCAUAUUCACUCCCUUUUGUGUCUUUUUUUUUUCAAAUUGUUCUCUUUGCCUCUUUGUUUUUCCCUCCUUCCCUAGCUCUUCUAUUUCAUUCUUUCUUGAUGUCUGUCCAUAUUUCUCUCCUCCUCUUUGUCUCUUUAUCUAUCCGUUCUACCUCUGUCUAGCUGUUUCUUUCUGUUCCAUAAUGUAAGUUUGCCUUUGUCUUUUUGGUCUGUCUUUCUUCAUCUAUUCCUCUCCACCCCAUUCCCUCACCCUUCCCGGAGCUAUAUUAUUUUAGUAGCUGAAUACAUGCAGAAGGCAGUGACUACAUGCCCUUCUCUGACCUCCUUGGACAAGAUGUUUUUGUGGUAUCAGAGUGCCUUUAGCAUAGUGGAGAAUUGCAAGGGAGAGAGGGGAUGGAGGAGGGGGUUCAUCUCUCUCAAGUCUGAAGGGGACCCUCUUCCUAGCUCCUUCCUGCAGCUGUACUCUCACCUCCUAUCCCUUGGUGGGGUGAAGAUGAGGUUGAGUGGCUAGGAGAAAGACAUCAAUGCAACCUCAUAUUGUCCAACUUGGGGGGCAUCUAUUGUGUGAGAGGCCUACACGCCCACAGUACCCACCCAAAAUGGACAGAAAGGGUCAUUUCUCUCAAUUGUAUUUAUUUCUUACCUUAAUUGAAUGGAAUUUAAAUUUGAAUAAUUUCCAUCUCUCUCUUAAUGUAACAACACACCCCAUUUUCUCUCCCCAAACUUUACUGUGAAGCUGGGAUUCUCUUGGGAGUCCUGUAUCUAAGGAAGACAAGAACUAGACCAAAGGCAAUGUCCCAAACCCAGCUUCUUCCCUUCUCAGGAUCCUAGAUACACAUCCGAAAUACCUUUUCAUGGGGGCAGCGAAAUGGGUUCAUUAAGCAUAGCCUUUCCUGGGAACAAUCCCUUUAGCCAGUUCCUGAAACAGGAAGGCUGGGAGAUGGAAAUAGAUGUUGGAUAUAUGUUUUUAGGGAUAAAGUUUCUAUAAUGAGGAUUAUAAGGCUUGAGAUCUCAAAGAAAUCUCAUAAGGCAAUUAGUUCAACCUUACUUUUUGCAGAUCGGGAAAUGGAGAGGUAGUAUAAGGGAAGAGCAUUAGACUAAGAGUUCAAGAAUCUAUAAGAAUGCUGACUCUAAAGUCAUAGGACCAGGAUUCAAAUUCUGCCUCUGUGACCUUGGACAAGUCACCUAAUUUUCUUUAAUCUGUUUCCUCAGUGGUAAAAUGAAACCAGAUGACCUCUCAGUUUCCUUCCCUUUUAACUCUACUAUCCAGGUUUAAAUCCUGUUUCUCUUAUUUAUAAUCUGUGUGACCUUGGGCAAGUCACUAAAUCUCUCUGAGUCUUAAUUUUCCUCCUAUAUAAGAUGAAAGGAUUGGCCUUGAUGAUUACUUCCUUCCAUAUCUCUAACCUGCUAAGUGACUUGCCCAAAGUCACAAAAAAUAGUAAGUACCAGAGCUGGGAUUUGAACCCAGAUCUUCUGACUUCAAAGGCUCUCUGUACUCUACAGCCUUCUGUAUUGAUUGUGUGUAUGUGCGUAUUUAUGUAAUCCUACAAGUGGCCUGCCAAUGGAUGCCAAGCUAAUAGGCUAAAGGUGGCAGUUGGGCUACACUUCAUCCAGAUGGGGUAUUCUCCUCCCUUGAAACUUUGACAAUCAUUUUUCCAGGAAGCCCAGUGCUUGCACUGUUCCCAUUCUCCUGUGAGGAGAGCUGAGGAGAGGGGGGAUGGUGAAUGUGGGUGGGAAAUAAGCAGACCUCCUCGGACUGAGAAAUACUGUCUUGAGCAAAGAAACAACAAAAACAAAAGGAAAGUUGUAACCAAACUGGAGGCUCCCAGGAGAGCCCCUCCCCACACUUUCUCCCUAGAAGAGGAAUCAACUGUGUUGUAGACAGUGGGAACUUCCUGGUCUUGCUGCUUUUAGGAAUAAUCAAAACCAACUCACAGAGAAGAAGAAACAGAGCUGCAUAUAGCUCUUUGUACCAUAGAGUGUUCACCAGCUCUACCAAAUGCUGUUUGGGGAAGUUAGGGGUGGAGAUGGGUAGCAGGGUCAGCAGCACUUGUUGAAGGCUUAGGUCUCUAUCUAAAUGGGGCUGAUCCUGGAAAAUUGCAAGAAAGAUCAGGGAUGUGAUGAAGAAGGGCAGCCAUUAGAAGUGGCCAAACAAGGUUCUGAGUAGAUCUUAAGAUAUGUCUAUUGUUUUACCUUGCUGGACCCCAAGCCUUAAUCUCUGUCUUCAUGCCUUAUAAAGAGCAUCUCUGAUCCCAGUGAGGGACAUAAAUCCAUACUUACAAACCUCAGAACUGACAGUGCCUUUCAAACUGAUUUCCCCAUGCCUUCUCCUCCCCACAAAAAAGUGCCAACACUCCACUGACUUUACUGUUUAACAGGAAAAAACAUUUUCCCUUAGAGUCCAUGUCUCUGAGGUCUUGGUUGGUGUCCUCCAAGAUACUGCUAGGUGGUCUCUGGGCCCUAAGGAACUAGCCAUGGGAGAAUGUCUAAAGUAGAAGCCUCUUCUCUUGACUCAGUGGGCCCAAGGACAUUCACAGAUUAAAGCAAACACUCACUCAAGUUGACCCUGGCUCCAGCCUUCGGCAGAGCUAAUGGUUCCUUUAAGAAACCUGGAGCAAAGGAGCAGGGAGUUCAGUAGGGCUCUUUGGAAGUUCUACUAGGGAUGAGGAGGGGGAUAGGAGUGGUAAAUAAUAGGGGUCCUUCAUUUGACCCAAGGCUCUGAGUCCUGGGAUCUACCUAUGAAUAACCUGGCUCUGAGCUGGGUCCUGCACUGUCAUUGAGGACACUGGCCAACCUUAGGACAGGCAACCUUUUAAAGGUAUUGCCUCACUCCCUGACUAUGUAUACCUUUGAGUUGUCAGGACAGAGGGGCAGCUAAAAACAUGGGAAGUAUGAGGAUAAGUCUUCAUCUGUUGGAGUCCUCAGCUGUUCACAACUCAGUUCCUGGUAACUCUAGAAGCCAUGGGAUCUGAGGAGAAAAUUGAGCAGCUGUCCCAGAUAUGUAGACAUCUUCCCAUGCUCUGGGCACUUUUUGGCCCCCCAAAAUCACCAUAUGUGGGUGGUUGAGAAUCUCCCCACUCAAGUGGCAAGUGCACUUUCCACCCUUUGAGAGUCUCUUGGGUCCCUACCUGGAUACACGGAAGCUUCCCCUGGCCCUUCACCGGGACUGGACCCAACUUUGGCAUCCUCAUUGGAUCCCUGAGGGUAUUCAACAUUAGUUCCAAUAAAUCCUGUAAUGACUGUUGUGCACCUUUUUAAAAGAUUUACGGUUUCAAGUUGCUGCUUUUAAUAACCAACAUUUUAUAUUAAGGUUGUAAUUAAUGUUUGAUGUACAAUUAAAAUCUCCCCUUGUAAAAUCA